AUGGCUAGCUACGCCGACCUCCACGCCGCCGUCCAGGCGGACCCGCGGAGCCUGCCCAAGAUCGCGGCGCUCCUCAAACUGAUCCGGACGCAGAAGCUGCGCCAGUCCCAGGUCGUCGCGACGCACGGGAAGACGGCGCUGCAGGACCCCCGACGGGCGGCCCGUGUUCUAGGCGACGACGUCUGGGCCGUCUACGAGCAGACCUUGGUGGCGGCGUUGGACGUCGACGACGCGCCGCUGCGAGACGCCUGCCAGAGCGCUCUACUGAAGAGGUUUGGGGGCGCGAACCCGCCGUCCCAGCGACUAGAACGGCUGGAGGGCCUCGUGGCCGAGGCGGCGGGCGACUGGGAGGCAGCGCUCCAAAGGUACAAGGGCGUCCUCGCGCAGAACCCGGCGAACUCGACGGCUCUGAAACGCGAGGUCUGCGUCGUCGAGGCCAAGGGCGCCGGGCGCGAGGCCGUCAUCGCGGCACUCACGAAGCUGACGGCGACGUGCCAGAGCGACCGCGGCGCGUGGCAGGCCCUCGCCGAGGCCCACGCGGCGGCCUACCGCUUCUCGGACGCCAUUUUCUGCUACGAAGAACUCACAUUGUUCGACCCGACGGCGCAGCACUACAUGCGGAGAUUGGGAGAGCUCUACUACUCGUGGGCUGCGUCGACGACGGCGAAGCGCGAGCCACUCUACAGAAAAGCGCGCGUCUACUUCGCGAAGAGCUUGGAGCUGCUCGGCCCGAAGCACAACCCGCGGGCCGCGACGGGCCUGCUGCUGACGUGCUCCGCCAUCAAGCUCGACGUCCGCGGGCGGAAAUCGGACCCCGACGACGAGCUUAACGCGGCGCUGGGUUCGCUCGCGGCCUCGAAGCUCAAGGCCGCCUACGCGAACGUGGACCCGUUCCUGCGGGAGUGCAACGAAAAGUUGCUGGCCGCGCACGCGCCGCCGUACGCGCGCCUGUUGCCGAAGAAGAACGAGGAGACGGUUUCGGCGACGACGGUGGCCGUCGAGAAGCUGGUUGUCGACGAUAUUGCUCGCAGUUAG